UAUUGUACAGAGAAAUCGGAAAAUAACCCAAACGAACAUAAGUUUUUUCUGUUAAUAAUAAUAAAAUAAUUCAAAAUCCCUUCCGAUCGCCGGCCGCCGCGUCGCCGCCGGCACGUUCGUCUCUCCGGGAUCGACUCUAUAUCGAUGCGCGCUUAGGAGAGCUGUAGGUUUACACACAGAAUCAACAUUUGAAUCGAUUGAGAGCUAUAGAGAGAGAGGAAGCGAGGGGGGAGGAAUAGGAAGGUGGAAGGGAACGAUGAUUACGAGAUCGAAGCUAGCAGAGCAGCUGAGAGAGUAUCAGAUUAGAUCGAAGCAUGAUUGGGCAUCCGUCUCUUUCUUCUCCUCUACCUCUAACUUAACAUCCUCAAGGGUGGAUGUUGUCAUCUUUGUGAUAUGGGAACUGGUUAUUUUAGCGUUCCUGGUUUUCUCUGCCGUAUCACUUUACUUCAGGCAUCUAAAGCUUGCUUUUAUUUUAGUAUGUGUGACCUUGCUAUUGCUUUUAUGCAUGAAAAUAGCAAAACAAGUAAGAUCAGCGCGCAAAAAGAAGCGAAGGAUGCUUCUGCCAUUAUCCAUGUAGAGAGGUGUAGAAUGCAAGAAUUAUUUUACAAAACGGGGGACAAACUCUUUUUCCUGUAAAUUAAGAGAAAUAUCUUACUACUAUUUUGAUGUUCCUUUGGUGCUUUUUUUUCUUUCCUUAAUACACAAUGGAAUUAGAGGCAAGCUGAUCAAAUGUUUUGGGAUAUAAAUUUAACAAUAGAGCUAUCUCGCCCGCUCCUAUUAUUACUGCA